AUGGACUGCUUUGGGUCAUUCCCCUCUCCGGGCCUUGUUGGUGUUAGUAAUUUGCAAGAUUCAUCAGCAAGUUUGUCUCAUCGGAAAAGGAAAAGAAACAUCCACAUGGAAGUUGAACCCCAUCAUAAGCUGGUAGAGUCGAUGGUACCUCUUGAAGGUAAAAAGGAAGACGAUUCCAACAUAACAUCUAUGGAGGAAGCUAAAACUGUGGCAAUCGGUAAAGACCUAGGGUUCCAAAUUGAUAUAGGGGAUCCGGUUCUACAAGAAGUUAUGGGUAAAAAUGGAGAGAUGAAUAUCCCCAAAUGA